ACGUCACCCAUUGCGCCUUUGUCCUUAAAUACAGUCCGUAUUGCUUCAUCACAAAAGACCGUUGCCUGUAUAGUGAACUGGUCUUUGCGGCAACGGCUGAAAUGCGGUGGUCAAUCCUCAUCGUCCUGGUUGCUGCCGUUGCGGCUCAAAGAGUUCCGACGACGCUUCGCCAAGGCAUGCACCUGCAGAUCCGUGGCUUGGCCAGUGGUGUGUUGGAGACGCGUUUUCGACGUGGGCAGAGCACACCCAACGGAUUCCAAGGCGCCGUCACAAUUCUCGCUCCGCGGGGCAGUAGAAUUCGCUUGGACUUCGAUCAGUUUGACCUCGAGACGAGUGCCCAGUGCAACGCGGACAAGGUGAUCAUCCAAGAGAACGGGGUGAUGACAAGGACGCUGUGUUCUGACUUGCGACCGCCGCCGUACCUGAGCAGGCAGUCGGCAGUCACCGUCAUCCUCGCCACGGAUAAGAUAAAAGCCAGUCGCGGCUUCGUGAUCCGCUUCACCGCCACCAGAAACAGCAGUGUGUGCAGCAGCCCAAGCCUCUUCGAAUGCGACAACUCGGAGUGCAUACCAAGGGCUCGUGUGUGCGACGGAGUCUUCGACUGCGUCGAUGGAUCUGACGAAGGUCGUUCUGCGUGGAGCAGUGGUCGCAGCAGCUUCAGGAGCACGGAAUGCGGCAGGCCCAGCGUCGAGCACCUCGAGCUCGCCGACCGUAUCGUCGCAGGACAGGAGGCGGUGCCACACAGCUGGCCCUGGCAGGCGAGUGUCCAGUUGAAGAACUUCUGGCCGGCAGCCCACUUCUGUGGAGGAGCACUCUUACGCAACGACCUCGUCAUCACGGCGGCUCACUGCGUUCAGGGGCAACGUCCUGUGGACCUCGUGAUUAAACUCGGCAGUCAUAAUCUCGUGGACAAUGACCCCAGCGUGCAGGUCAGGAGAGUCUCCACCUACGCAAUACAUGGCAACUUUACGCCGAACGAUCUGACACACGACGUGGUGGUACUCAAGCUUUCGCUGCCGGUGAACUACACGGCGCACGUGCGACCUGUGUGCCUGCCUGGGCCCGGAGAGCACCUGCCCUUGAACACCACCUGUUACGCCACUGGAUGGGGAAACACGCGAGGGAGUGGCCAUUCUUUCUUGCUGAAGCAGGCUCGUCUUGUGGUGCGCGACUUCAACCAGGCGUGCGCCGGCAUCCUCAGCAUUCAGCCAAACCUCCGCAAGGAGUACCUGGUGUGCGCCGUCGACGAGUCUGAUGACUCCGGACCGUGUCACGGGGACAGCGGUGGCCCACUGGUGUGCCGGCUGAACCGCUCCAAGUGGUCGCUGGCGGGCAUGACCAGCCAGGGCACCUCGGUGACCAUGACCAGUGCCCUGUGCGGAAUGGGGGCCGGGACCGUCUGGAGCGGCGUCAUACCCAACCGCAGGUGGAUCGACCUGGCGCUGAGCAGGCUCUGAGAAGAAUAAACAACUUGUGUGCUUUCUU